AUGACUUCCCAAGGAGAAACAAAGGGCAAUGAGGCCACUUGGUCGAAUAGCCUAUUCGAUUGCUGUAGCCCAGCCGGGCUUUGCUGCUUGACCUGCUUCCUGCCCUGCGUCACAUACGGAAAGGCCCAGCACCGAAUGGCGCACGGCAGCUUGGAUGGCUACUCAUGCUGCAACGCAUCUUGUAUUGUCUACGCGCUGCUCGUCCACUGCGGCCUGGGAUGCAUUCCCACCACGAUGCAACGAGGCGAGAUUCGCGAGAAACAUGGCCUCGAGGGCGGCUGCUUUGGCGACUUUUGCAAGUCCUGCUGGUGCACCUGCUGCACCCUGAUGCAGCACGAGAAGGAGCUGGAGCAGCGCCAGGCCCUUCUCCAGGGCUCAUCAGAAGCGUACAAGCCCAACGGCGGCAUGGUGUACUCGGACCAGACGCAACAGAAUAACCCGGGCUAUGCGUGA